UUUCCGUUCCUCCCGACAAUAUGGCUGAGCGAAGCGAAACGUCGCGAGUCCUCCGGCAGGAGAGUUCCCUCGGGGCGUAAGAUAAAACCGCGGAGUUCCGGCGCGACGUCCGCGGCGAUUAGGAGCGCACACCUCCACGGAGCCCGGGCUGGAGGAUCCAUGGGCAGUUUAACCUAACUCCUGGGGAAUCUCGCCGAGCGGUACGCCACUCGUCACCGAGGAUGUCUUUCUUUUUCGAGGUAGGACUGUCAUUGUCGGGGCGAGCUCGCUGACGAGCACUCGGGAGCAUGCAGUGACCCCGCCACCGCACGCAUGUAGCGCGUCCGGAGGGGACUGCUUUCCGUCUCCCUUCUGGAGCGCCUGAUGCGGAGAUGGACACCGACCUGGAGACCGCCAAGGGCGAGGGUGGCGGAGAGACUGGCCCAGGGUGCUCCGGAUACUCCAGCAUGGUGCACAGCAAGAAGGUCAUCAAGCAUGCGCUACGCCAGCAGGCCAAGCGCAGGAGGAAAAACACCACGAUAGCCUCCGGCAACUCCCGGACGCUGCCACGCAUCGUCGUCAAACCACUGCCUCCUCCGCCUCCCAACGAUCCACCCUCACUCGUCAACAAUACGCAGCACAAUAAUACCGUGCCCGAGGAACCUGCAGCUACAAUGAGGGAGGUUCUGGCCAGCUUACCAGGAUUCAGCUUGAAGUCAGGCCGGAGAAGAUCGACGAAGAGGCUGUCUGCAGCGGCUCAGCUGGAAGCAGGGCUUGUGGACCUGGAAUCACCAGCGAGUAUACUUGCGAGUACCAGUUUGCGUGCUCUGUUGAAUCGACAUACCUUCCAGGGCCUUCCGCCUCUGUAUCAAAGAAAGCUGGCACAGCUGUUACCUGCAGUCGAUAGGCAGGACGCAGCAACCUCAGGACUGAAUAACGAGUUCUUUGCCCGAGCCUGCUUGGAGUGGCGGAAACGACUGGCCGAGGGGGAAUUCACUCCGGAGAACCAGCAACGACUGAAAAUGGAGGCCGAGAGGGACAAGAACAAAUUAGAUCCGUGGAAGCUGAAGCACUUCGAGCCAAUUUGGGGAGAGAAGCGGGAGCCCAAACUGAGGUCAGGGUUGCAUUGUGCCCCCGAGCCACGAACAGGAGGAGCUGUGACAAGGGCGAGUUUGCGACUUCGUCUAGAGGCAAACCUCGAAUCUGCCGAGCAUGCACUUGCGAUGGAGCAUCCACCUGUAAUAGCUCAUCCACCUGUAAUGGAUCAUCCUCCGGCAAGGGAACACCCUCCGAUGAGGGAACACCCCCCUGUGAAGGAUCAUCCCCCGGUAAGGGAACACCUACCGGUAAUGGAGCACGCGAAGAGGAGGUGUAAAACACCAUCUCCGACGGUGGCACCGGCCGUGGCACCGACGGAAAAGGUGGAAAUCGAACCGACGCCGACGCCGACGCCGGUUGUCCCCGAUGUUCCGGAAAGUACAAACGAAGGUGAACAAGUGCAGCAGGCAGAGCCGUCGCGGGAGUACGAGGAGACCGACCGGAUAGCCAGCGAGGACGAGGCCAGGUUGGAAGAGGCUGCGAAUCUCGAAAGGGAUAGGAUCGAGAUGGUCGUAGAUGAAGGAACGUGUCCGGGUGCUCUGGAAGCUGAAGAGAGCCCGGACUUGCCCGAAAAACCGAAUGGCGAAGAAGGGCACGAACCAAGCGAGCUCUAUCAGAACAGGAUAGCCGAAAUGCCUGGAGAAGAGGUGUCGUCUCUGCUCGAUGAGAGUCCUACAGAGACGGUGGACGACGAGGUCGAAGAACAUCCUGAAGAGCAGUCGGCUUGUCUGCCGCAGGAGGAGCAAUUGCAGGCAACCGUUCCAUCUAGUGACCAAAUGAUGCAUGCUCACGGUGGAGAGACGUUGCAUGUUCACAGCGAAGAGGCGUUACAUGUUCAUGGCGAAGAGGCGUUACAUGUUCACGGCGAACAGGCUAUGCAGGCUCCCAGUGAACAGGUGAUGCAUGCUCCCAGCGAACAGUUGUUGCAUACUCCCAGUGAACAGUUGAUGCACGUUCUGACCGAACAGAUGAUGCACACGCCGAGUGAACAGAUGCUGCACGCCCAGAGUUCACAGCUGAUGCAUUCCUCUGGCGAUCAGCUGAUGCACACUCCUAGUGACCAGUUAUUGCAUAACCCUGGUGAACAGUUGUUACAUAAUCCUGGCGAACAGAUGCUGCACAACCCCAGCGAACAGAUCAUGCAUGCCCCUAGUGAACAGGUGAUGCAUCCUCCUGGUGAACCGAUGAUGCAUUCUAGUGAACCGAUGCUGCAUUCUUCUGGGGAACCGAUGCUGCAUUCUUCUGAGGAACAGAUGAUGCAUCCUGGGGAACCGAUGAUGCAUUCUUCUGGGGAACCGAUGAUGCAUUCUUCCGACGAACAGGUCUUGCAUGCUCCCAGUGAACAGGGGAUGCACAAUUCUGGUGAAAUGGAGAUGCACCCUACCGCCGAACGAGUCGACUGUGCUACCCAGAUCUUGAGAGAACAUGUUCCUCAACUCAUCGAUGAGGGCACGUCGCACAUCCAGGAGGAACGCGUCUCGCAGAUGGCCGACGAACAGGUGUACCACAUGCCCGUCAACGAGGACAACUCCAGCAUGGACAAUACCCCACCUGGCGAACAAGUCAGGAUCGCGGAGCACAUGAUCGGCGAAGAGCAAAGUAUUAUCAGCACUCAGACGGAGAGCCAGGGCGCGGCGGAACAUGUUCAGGAAGGGGAACCACAUAUCCCCGAGGGCAUGGAAAUCGACAGCGAGACGCUGCAACGCAUCCAUGAACUCGAGGUGUGUGGAGACAUGCGCCAGGCUUACGAGGAGAUCUCAGCCUGCCCGGAGGAGAUAAUCUACCCGAUCCUGGAGGGAAUGGAGAUGGGGACGAACGUCCCGGAGGAGCCGGGACCUCAGGGUGUGACGGUGCAGACGGAGGACGUCGUCCAGCACCAGGAGAUGGGGGCCGGGAACGAGGAGGAGGCCCUCCGGGAGGCGAACAAUUACGUUUGCUCGGAGAUGCUCGAGUGCAACUGGGCCGUUGACCAGACGGUCAACAAUGUAGCCAACAUCAGCAGAGGACCGGAGGUGUAUCCUGGAGCGGCGCGACUCGGCUGGUGCGAUCCUGACGUCGGCUCCAUCUCCGUCGUCUCCAACUGGCCUGUCGAGCAGACCGUGAACAACGUCGCCAAUAUCAACAGACAGGAGGAGCUGCAGCUUCCCUGGUCGCUGGUGGCGGCGGCACUGGACAACUCCGUGGCAGCGAACAUCACGGUGACGACGCAGGACGAGUGCGGGGAAAACGCAGCGGCUGGGGCGAACGCGGUGACGACGGCGCACCGUUUCGUCGCGACCGAGAGCAGCGUGGACACGGUGAGCUGCAUCCAGCUGCCGGUGGUCCAGGGCGGGCCCUUCCACCCGGAGGCCCUGACGAUCGGCACCCCGGUUACGAGCUGCCUGAUGAAGACGAUGCAGUCCUCGCAGAGCCCGCCGAUGAUCGCGUUCCCGCAGCUGCAGUCGAUCCGGUUCGUGCAGACGAGCUUCCACGCAGGGGCCCAGGGUCUCUCGACGCCUGCGGCGGCCUUGCCGAUGCAACUGCAGCAGCAGCAACCGCCGCCGCCCCAGCAGCAGCCUCAGCAGCAACCCCAACCGCAGCCUCAACCCCAGCAGCCGCAGCAGGUCGGCAUCGUCCGCGCCCAGGAGGAGGUGCCGAUCUGCCCCGGCGGGCCGGUCCCCAGGAACGCGACGAACAAUGGCAACGCGAACACCAACAACGGGAACGUCGGCCGCGGCCCAAUCCCCGGUAACGUAACUACGGCACUCGGCGUGCAGGCGCAAAGCCGCGGCCAGAGCGCGAUAGUAGUUCAGCACCAGGCACCCAUUACGGCACAGCCCCGUCAGAUAGUAGCGACUAUUCAACAGCCGGGGCCGGGGCCGGGGCCGGGGCCGCAGCCGCCGCAGUACCCGCCGGUCGCGGCGCCCCCGCGGUCCUCGAGGUCCACCGCCCAGGGCGGCCAGCGCGGCUCCAGGGCAGGCGGCAAGGAGCAGGGCGGCGGCAGGUCGAGGAGCUCCACCAAGGAGCCCCCCGGCGCCGUCAACCUCGAGCGCAGCUACCAGAUAUGCCAGGCGGUGAUCCAGAGCUCGCCCAACCGGGACCAGCUGAAGGCGCACCUGAAGCCGCCGCCCAGUUUGUUGGCGAGAGGUGACGGCGCGUUCACCACCGCCAAGCAGGGGGGUCGGACCAUCACCACGGUGAAGCCGCAGAAGCCCCAGCAGGCGAGCCAGCACAUUAAGCAGCAGCAGACUAAGCCUCAGGCCGUCAUGCUGAGGCACGUCUUCGCCACGGCACGGCAGACCGUCCCUACGGAGAUCACGGAGACCAACCCCGGGAUGGCGCAGCUGGGAUCGAACGGGGCCACCGGGCUGGGCCAGUACAUCCUGGUGCAGAGGACCGGCGUCGGGGACGGGGCUCCUCGGGCCUCCUCGGCCCCGCCCUUACCCCCUCACAUUGCCGGCGUGGGGGUAGGCGUCCACCUGGUCAGGGGCAGACCCGCCAGCGCCGGAGAGGGCUCUCACCAGGCCGUCACCCUCAAGCCCAGGGGUGCCUCCGACGGCAGGGGUGGCGGCGGCGCCGAGCCCGGCGCCCCCGGGGUCAUCAUGGGCGGCGACCCCCCGCCACCCUGCGACUGCAGCAUGCGCGGCGCCAUGGUCGUCUGCAGACAGUGCGGCGCCUUCUGCCACGACGACUGCAUCGGGCCCCAGCGCAUCUGCGCCACCUGCCUCAUACGUUGAUACGAGCGCCAGGGGACCCGGUGCGGCGCUGAUCCUACGGAGACGGGCACCAGGGUCAGGGUGCUGAACGCCCGGCAGAGGGCUCGUCGGCCGGCCCCUUCUUCGGGCAUCGCUCUUCCACAUCCUGGGAACUUAAUGACUCCUGCUUAGAUGGGUCUCUUGCGUCUUAAGGGGAUGCGAUAGUGCCAUCCGAAUGGCUCAUCGUUCAUGAAACUUUUAUCCGAAGUGGGUACACCGAGUCGUUUCACACUUUACUACCUGAACAUGCAGGCUACGAGGAAGGUCCUUACCCUCACGAAAUUUCAUGUUUUAUGAAAAAUCUUGAAAUUAGGUGUAAU